AGAAGUGUCAGGAGUUCAUCUUGAACCCUGAGCAGGUCAGUUAACAUGGUGGGUAUUCAGACAGCAACAUGAGCCACAGACCUGAAGGUACAAAGCUACGCAUCCAUCCAUUGUGACAGCCAUUUCAUUCAUUUCAGGGUUACAGUGGGCACGGGCAGCAUUGGCUGCAGUGUAGGAACCAAUCUGGAGGGGGCACCAGUCCAUCAAAGGAAACAAUCCACAAUCACCAGUCCAUGCAGAGUCCAUCUUGAACACUGACAAGGGUGUAAAGGAGUCUCCUUCCCAGUUCAUACGGCAUUUCCGUGAGGUGUCGAAUGGCCUCCAGGCCAAGGCUGUCCAUGCGAAAAGGAAACGGGAGAAGAGAAGUGUAGACAUUCGGGAGAAGAGAAGAGUUUUCCAAGGAGCCAUGGAGGCAGCCAAAGACGAUGACAUGGCUGACAGACUGGCCCACAUUAAACAAGAGGACUGUGACUGGGCCGCCCCAGAGGAUUUGUCUGUGAAGGUGGAGGACUGCGAAGGCGCCGUUUCGGUUUUUAAAGAGGAGGAGUGCAAGGGGGAGACCCUUGAAGUUAAAGUUGAGGAUGCAGAAGGUUUCUCAGCGAGUCUUGAACUGCAAAAGCAGGAAACCGGGAAUAUUUUCAAGGAAAAUAGUUGCAGGUUACUGCCCCGGUUCACCGAUUUGGGUCAAACGGCUACGUGGCAGAAUUCCGUGAAAGUGAAAACCGAGUCGUGCGACUUUGAGGAUGAAAUCGUUGAAGGGAAUGGGAGAGGAGAAGAGGAGCAGUCGCCCUCUGGGAGCAUUGGAAUGAAUUUACAGGAGAAUGGCAGCAUUUCCCAAUCUUCAUCUGCUCACGCACUUCUUCAAUAUGGACUGCAACACAAGUGGAACAAGGGGAAAGUGAAGAAAUCUCCAGGAGGAUUAGAGAGUUUGUCCCCAACCCCUGUGCAGUGUAGUUCUCUUUCUUCUGUGAACCUAACAAAGACAGAAGAUCUCAAAACUGAUCAACAGGUGAGAAAACACAUCCAAAUUCACCCUGGAGAAAACCCUCAUUGUUGCCCUGAAUGUGGCAAAUGUUUCCCAGGGAGCAAGAGUCUUAACAGACACUUGAAAACUCACUUUGGAGGGAAACCACAUUGCUGCCCAGAAUGUGGCAAACAAUUCUCAAAUAUAAGCAGCCUUCAAAGGCACUUAAGAAUUCACACUGGAGAAAAACCUUAUGGCUGCACAGAAUGUGGCAAGCGAUACUCGGACAGUAGCAGCUUGCAAAAGCACACGCAAAUUCAUUCUGGAGAGAAGCCAUAUUGCUGCUCUCAAUGUGGAAAAGGAUUUUCCAGUAGUAGCAGUUUUCGGAUACACGUACAAGUUCACACCGGAGAGAGGCCAUAUGUCUGCUCUGAAUGUGGCAAAAGUUUUUCAAGCAAGGGUAUUCUUUAUAAACAUUCCAAAAUUCACACUGGGGACAAACCUUAUUGCUGUUGUGAAUGUGGCAGACAAUUUUUGGACAAAAGCAGUUUUCGGGAGCACACACGAAUUCAUACUGGAGAGAAGCCCUAUUGCUGCUCUCAAUGUGGAAAAAGAUUUGCCAGCAGUAACAGUUUUCGGAUACACACCAAAAGUCACACAGGAGAGAAGCCGUAUGUCUGUGCAGAAUGUGGCAAGAGCUAUUCCAGUAAGAGCAUUCUUUAUAAACACGCCAAAAUUCACACAGGAGAAAAACCCCAUUGCUGCACUGAAUGUGGGAAAAGAUUUUUACACAUAGGUCAUCUCCAGUGCCACAUCAGGUCUCAUACUGGAGAAAAACCUUAUUGUUGUCCUGAAUGUGGAAAGCGAUUCUCACAAGUAAGCAAUCUACAGAGUCACAUUAGAACUCACACCGGAGUGAAACCUCACAGUUGUUCAGAAUGUGGCAAACAAUUCUCACGCCUUAGUUCUCUUAACGUACACAGAAGAAUUCAUACUGGAGAGAAACCUUAUUCCUGUUCUAAAUGCGGUCAGCGAUUCUCCCACAGCAGUUCUCUUGAUAGUCACGAGAGAAUUCACACUGGUGAGAAAAACCAUAGCUGUUCUGAAUGCGGCAAGCGUUUCUCAGACAGCAGACAUCUUAAAGAUCACAUGAGAAUUCACUCUGGAGAGAAGCCCUAUUGCUGUCCAGAAUGUGGCAAACGAUUCUCCCAUUUAAGCAACCUUAAGAUCCACACAAGAACCCACUCUGGAGAGAAGCCAUAUGUCUGUUCUGAAUGUGGCAAGAGUUACUGCAGCAAGAGCAUUCUUUAUAAACACGCCAAAAUUCACACCGGAGAGAAACCUUUUUGUUGUUGUGAAUGUGGCAGACAAUUUUCGGACAAAAGCAGUUUUCGGGAGCACACACGAAUUCAUACUGGAGAGAAGCCCUAUUGCUGCUCUCAAUGUGGAAAACGUUUUUCCAGCAGUAACAGUUUUCAGAUACACACAAAAAGUCACACUGGAGAGAGACCAUAUGUCUGUUCAGAAUGUGGAAAAAGCUAUUCCAGCAAGAGCAAUCUUUACAAACACGCCAAAAUUCACACCGGAGAAAAACCUCAUUGCUGCUCUGAAUGUGGGAAAAGAUUUUUACAUAUAGGCCAUCUCCAGUGCCACAUUAGGUCCCAUACUGGGGAGAAACCUUAUUGUUGCCCUGACUGUGGAAAGCAGUUCUCACAAGUAGGCAACCUACAGAGUCACAUCAGAACUCACACCGGAGUGAAACCUCACAGUUGUUCAGAAUGUGGCAAACAAUUCUCACGCCUUAGUUCUCUUCAUGUACACAGAAGAAUUCAUACGGGAGAGAAACCUUAUUGCUGUUCUAAAUGCGGUCAGCGAUUCUCCCACAGCAGUUCUCUUGAUAGUCACGAGAGAAUUCACACUGGUGAGAAAAACCAUAGCUGUUCUGAAUGCGGCAAGUGUUUCUCAGACAGCAGGUAUCUUAAAAAUCACAUGAGAAUUCACUCUGGAGAGAAACCCCAUUCCUGUCCAGAAUGUGGCAAAUCUUUUUCCCAUGUAGGCAACCUUAAGAUCCACACAAGAAUCCACACUGGAGAAAAACCUUAUUGCUGCACUGAAUGUGGGAAAAGAUUCUGUAAUAGAAGCCAUCUUCAAAAACACACUAGAACUCAUACUGGGGAGAAGCCGUAUUGCUGUUCUGAAUGUGGGAAACGCUUCUCUUGCAGUAGCAGUUUUCAGAGGCAUAAACAAGUCCAUACUGGAGAGAAGCCUGUUCGAAAUGUGGCAAAUGAUUUUCAGACUGUCUCCAGCACCAUGGAAAAUGUGAAGGAAAACCUUAUUGCGGUCUUGAAUGAGGUAACGUCAUUCACAACUUCGUCCACCUCCAGAUCCCGACUCUCGCUCCCUGACCGUAGGAAGGCAGCCCCCUUUACAGUCACCCGGACGUGCUCCAGGUGUUUGCUGAUGUUCUUCCGGCGGCAUUUCCUGGUGUGGUGGAAGUACCGCAUGAGCACCCUGAAGCACUCUGGGUGUCGCUGGCCACCAAACCAGAGUUCUCCAGGCAUCUCAGUCAAGAGCCAGUCAUUCCAGCUACCCCUUAACAUUCGCCUCCAUGUUACGUUGAUAAAAAGGAGUCUCCCUGCUGAUUCAUUGGGUCGUGCAGUCAUCUCUCCGCAGAAAAAGGGAAUCUUAAAAGAGAAUAGAGCAGACUUGUGCAGGGUGGGAAGAGUUUUCCACAGCAUGGCCUCAGCCAAAGGUGAUAUCCUGGAUCACAUUAAACAAGAGGACAUUGAGUGGGGCACCCCAGAGGAUUUGUGUGUGAAGCUGGAGGAUUGCGAAGAAAGAAUUUCAGUGUUUAAGGAGGAAGAGGAGGAGGAGGACUGUGAGGGGGAUAUUGUUGAGGUCAAAGUCGAGGAUCCUGAAGACAGUUUUGAACUGCCAAAGCACCAGAGUUGGAACGUUUUUAUGCAGGAACUUCCUGGAGAGCAACACCAGUUCACCAAAACGGGGCAACUGCCUACCCAUGAGACUUCCCUAGAACUGAAAUCAGAGUUAUGGGAGUUUGAAGGGAGAAGCUCUGAAGGAAACAGGGGAGAAGAAGAGCAGCCAUUAUUUGGGAGUGUCGGAAUAAAUUUCCAGGAGAAUGACAGCCUCUCUCCAUCUUCAUUUGCCCAGACCUCUCUUCAGUGCAGACUGCAGCAGAACCAGGACAAUGUGGUGAAAUCGACUCCUGAAUCAGAGAAUUUGACAGCCGCCUCUUUUCAGUGUAGUUCUCUUCCAGCUGUCAAACUCACACCGACAGAAUCCAUCUACAGUGGUUACCAAGAAGUGCAGAGGUACAUUGGAAUUCAGAAUGAGGAGAAGCCUUACCGUUGUUCAGAAUGUGGCAAACGAUUCUCCCACAGUAAUAAUCUUCAUAAGCAUAAAAAAAUCCACACUGGGGAGAAACCACAUAGCUGUUCUGAAUGUGGCAAACGCUUCUCCCAAGUACGCAAUCUUCAGACCCACACCAGAAUUCACACUGGAGAAAAACCUUUUUGCUGUUCCGAGUGUGGCAAACGGUUCUCCGACAGUAGCGCUUUCCGGCAGCACACGCGAAUUCACACCGGAGAGAAGCCAUAUUGCUGCUCGGAAUGUGGCAAAAGAUUCUCCCAUAACAGCAGUCUGCACACACACUUGAGAGUUCACACUGGGGAAAAGCCGUAUUGCUGUUCUGAAUGUGGCAAGAGAUUUUACCUUAACAGCAGCCUCCACAGACAUGCAAAAAUUCACACUGGAGAAAAACCUUACUGCUGCUCUGAGUGCGGCAUGAGAUUCUCCUUUUUAAGUAGGCUUCACAGACACUCGCGAAUUCACAGUGGAGAGAAGCCUUACUGUUGUACUGAAUGUGGCAAACGAUUCUCAGAAGUAAGCCAUCUUCAGAGCCACAGCAGGAUCCACACCGGAGAGAAACCUCACUGUUGUUUGGAAUGUGGCAAACGAUUCUCACACAGAAGCACCCUUUAUAAACAUACGAGAAUUCACACUGGAGAAAAGCCUUACUGUUGUACUGAAUGUGGGAAAAGAUUCUCAGAGAUAGGCCAUCUUCAAUGCCACAUCAGAAUACACACUGGAGAGAAGCCUUAUUGCUGUCCUGAAUGUGGUAAGCGAUUCUCAAACAGCAGUGGCCUUUGUAAACAUAAAAAAAGCCAUGCUGCGGAGAAACCACUGAGCUGUUCUGAAUGUGACAGGCGUUUCUCAGACAACAGCAGCCUUAAUAACCACAUGAGAGUUCACACUGGAGAGAAACCCCAUUCCUGUCCAGAGUGUGGCAAGCAAUUCUCACAAGUGCGCAGUCUUCAAAUCCACAAACGAAACCACACUGGAGAAAAACCGUAUUGUUGUUCAGAAUGUGGCAAACGAUUUUCUGACAGUUGUAGUCUCCACAGACACAGGCAGAUUCACACUAGAGACAAGUCUUAUAGCUGUUCUGAAUGUGGCAAACUAUUCUCCUGUAAGAGCUAUCUUAAGAAACACGCAAGAAUUCACACAGCCCUUGAUGAAAAUUUAAAGGAAUAAGAAUAACAAUAGGACAAUGGAAACACCUGGAAUAAAAAGUGGGGGUUUUCUUCUGUCCCGGAAGCACGUUUAAGACGUUUUGGAGAAACACAACCUGAGAAAAGCUGUAUUGUUACUCUGAAUGGGGUAAGGGAUUCCCACAAGAAAGCCGUGUACACAGUCACACAAGACUGACCAGCUGCUAUUUCAUUCAAAAUUCAAGGGAAUAUGCGCUACCACAGAAACAUCAUGCCUGCAAAAAGUGAGGGGGUCCCACCCGUCUUGUCAGCACACCAAUAAAUUUCAGAGAAACUGACCCUGAGAAAAGUUGUAUUGUUGGUCAAAAUGUGGCAAAUGAUUCUCAGAAGUAAGCGUUUUUCACAGUCACAGAAGAAUUCACAAUGUCAUACAGCCUGAAGGAGCAGUUGCUAUUUAAUAAUAAUAAUUUAAUCCUUAAGCAGCUUCUCUCUGUGCUCCCCUGAGGACUCAUGAGUGAGUAUUCACCUCAGGUUUCGAUGAUUGGAAAUUCUGGAAGAACAUAACACAUAAUCCAUCCAUCCAUUAUCCAACCUGCUAUAUCCUAACUUACAGGGUCACGGGGGGUCUGCUGGAGCCAAUCCCAGCCAACACAGGGCAGCACUACCCUCUGUGCCACCGUGCCACCCAAUAAUACAUAAUAAUAAAGCUAAUUAGUUAGUAUGGCAACCUUUGAAAAAAUAUUAAUUACUCUUAAAUCGUGAAAAAGAAAGCCAAUACACAUUCCACAGUAUUUGUAUUAUAAUUAUUUGGAUGGUGGUUCUAGAUGUGCUGCCACCAUCGAAGGUAACUUGACUUUAGUUGUAUAUCAGAGGACUCUUCAGCAUCAUGUCAGGCCACCCGAUUGUCAAAUGGAGAUGAAAGAAUCAAAACCGUAUUCUAAAAUACACUAAACAAUUGUCUACAAAAUAGCAGGAGAUAAGGAAGUUAGAAUUCUGUCAUGGCCCACUUAGCCUCCACUGUGAUGUGACAGAAGCCAAAGCGAGUUUAAAAUCUUGAAGAAGAAAGGAAGUUAGAAUUCUGUGGUUGAAGUGUUUUUGCAAUGCCAAGUGGGCCAGAAUUCUUGCACUUUGUGCUGAGAAACUGAGCAAUUAGGACAAGAAACGCGAGGACAUGGGGGGUACUGAGACAGC